AUGAAGCCGGUCCCAUGGCGUCAUUUGAUUCGAGGCGCUGCUCUUGACACCAACGAAAUCUCGCUAAGUCACUUCCAACAACACUUCUUCCAAACGGGACUGCCCGUUGUCCUUAAAAAUCCCCUGCCUAUCUCACCCGGCAAUGCUCGCAGUCUUGCGCCCGACUAUGAAGCUCUUAGGCCAAUCGACGGCUUGCCUGCAAAUUCCGGGCUGAGACUAUGGAAACAAAAUACCAUCCUUACCAAGGACAAAUCUGAGUAUUCUUGCCAUCAACCGCUUUGGCAAUGUUGGGACACUGCCUUUGGUGGAAAUCACCAUACAUCAUGUCCAUUUGAGAUUGGCAUAUCGAGGCGAGAGCAGCCCGGUUUGGCAGACUUUCUUCUGUGGCUACGUGCAAGGCUGCCAAAUAUCCCUCGAGAUGGCACUGCUGAUCAUCAAUUGGGCGAUCAAGACAUACAGUUGGAAAACCUACUCUCUGCUGAACUCCGCAACUGUACCCCUGGUUCAUCCAUGAUCCGCUUCGAAGGUCCAAUAAGUCUCUUUAAGCUUGCAGUAAUGUACAACCAUGCCUCGCUAAGCUCUGGUGGUCAGCCACUCGCCAACUUCUACGUUGCGCAACUGCCAAUCGUAGAUUUACCUCCGAAUCUGCAAACAGCAUUAGCUCCACCUCGUGUUGUCCUAGAGGCAGGGAAAGGGGACGUGUAUGGAGGUAGUCUAUGGAUGGGUUUAACACCAACCAAGACAUCCUGGCAUCGAGAUCCCAAUCCCAAUAUACUUUCACAAUCUGUGGGCAGUAAAGUGGUCAGGAUGAUGCCGCCAAGGCCGGGUGAGCGCGUUUUCCAUGACGUACAAAGUCGACUCGGAGCUAUAACCUCCAACUCCCGAAUCCGUGGCAUGGAAUUGUUGGACGGCCCAGAGGCUACAGCCCUAGAUGAUGCCGUAUGGGGCCCUGAUGCGGACCGGAUGCCGGAGAUGGUCGAAGCCACACUGGAUCCAGACGAAAGUCUCUUUAUCCCUCAGGGUUGGUGGCAUAGCGUCAAGAGCUUCAACCCCGGAGCUGCGUUCAGCGGUUUGCUUAACGUAUCCGUGAAUUACUGGUUUCGCUGA